AUGCACGUCAAUCGAUGGAAAACAGGCAAUAAAGUGCACACCAGGUACUUGAGUUCCUGCCAUCACUGCCCCGGUGCAAGGACAGUGUUUUGGCCAGCAAUUGAAGUUCUGUUCCAAAAGAAGACCCUCACCCACACCCACACCCUUCGUCGUUUCGCGACCCUUAGUCCCGCAUCAGCAACGGCACCUAGGUGCGGUUCUGGCAGGCAUGGCGACCUUCACGUGCUUGAGAAAGUUCAUGGCCUUGAGGGCCAAUUAAGCCCACUGCACCCUAACCUGAUUUAUGGACACCACCUACGUGUGGCUUCAGGGCAGGUCAACUCGAGGGCAUAA